AUGUCUACACCUCCACCACCUCCACCACCUAUACCACCUCCACCACUCCCUCGGCCUCCUAUAGUGUACACCGGGCGCCCCCUCCUCCACCUCUUCGUCGUCGAGAAGUUUGGUUUGUUGAAAAGUAAGUCAGAUCAUUCUGUGUUUUAUAAAAGAUCAACUGUUGGUAUCAUUUUGUUAGUGGUGUAUGUUGAUGACAUCGUUAUUACUGGAAAUGAUAUUGAAGGCAUCUCAUCCCUUAAGUCUUUCAUUCACACCCAGUUUAACACGAAAGAUUUAGGGGAACUCAAGUAUUUCUUGGGGAUUGAAGUUACUCGGAGUAAACAAGGUAUUUUUCUGUCUCAAAGAAAGUAUGUACUUGAUUUGCUAACUGAGACAGGGAAAUUGAGAUCAAAACCUUGCAAUGCUCCAAUGAAUCCAGCUGUGCAUCUUACACGUGAUGGGAAACCAUUUGAAGAUCCUGAGAAAUAUCGCAGGUUAGUUGGAAAGUUGAAUUAUUUAACUGUGACUCGUCCAGAUAUUGCAUUUCCAGUUAGUGUUAUCAGUCAGUUCAUGUCUUCGCCAACAAUUCAUCAUUGGGCAGCAUUAGAACAAAUUUUAUGUUACUUAAAAGGAGCACCAGGACGAGGUAUUGUUUACAAGGAUCAUGGACAUACCCAGAUUGAGUGUUUUUCUGAUGCCGAUUGGGCAGGCUCCAAGGUAGAUAGACGAUCCACUUCAGGAUAUUGUGUAUUUGUUGGGGGCAAUCUGGUCUCUUGGAAGAGUAAGAAACAAAAUGUUGUAUCUAGAUCCAGUGCUGAAUUAGAAUAUAGAGCUAUGGCCCAGUCCGUGUGUGAGGUAAUAUGGAUUUAUCAGCUUUUGACUGAAUUCGGGUUUAAGACUUCUAUUCCAGCAAAAUUAUGGUGUGAUAAUCAAGCUGCUCUUCAUAUUGCCUCGAAUCCCGUAUUCCACGAGCGAACUAAGCACAUUGAGAUUGAUUGUCAUUUUGUUCGUGAGAAAAUUCAACAAGGUCUGAUCUCCACAGGAUAUGUGAAGACCGGAGAACAACUAGGAGAUAUUUUUACAAAGGCUUUGAAUGGGGUGCGGGUCGAUUAUCUUUGUAACAAGCUGGGCAUGAUUAACAUCUAUGUUCCAGCUUGAGGGGGAGUGUUAGAUAUUAGCUGUAAAAGAAUUAGAUGUUUAGUAGAUAUUUAGUAGUUUCCUAUUUUUUUGGUAGUUUCCCUUUUAUGUCUCCUAACUUUGUAUAUAAAUAUGUAUUAUUCUAUGAAAUCAAUAUACAAUUCGAAUCACUAUUU